CGGGAGACCCGUCACCGCGAGGUCCGCUCCUUCAUCUGCGAGCAGUGCGGCAAGGCAUUCAAAACUCGCUUCCUUCUGAAAACCCACCUCAAAAAGCACAGCGAGGACAAGCCGUACGUCUGCAACGUGUGCCAGCGCAGCUUCCGCUGGCCGGCAGGACUGCGCCACCACUACCUCACCCACACCAAUCAGCAGCCUUUUUUCUGUCAGCACUGCCCAUACCGGGCCAAGCAGAAGUUCCAAGUGGUGAAACACUUACAACGGCACCACCCCAACCAUCCGGAUGUAGAGAAGGGGGUGGGGAAGGAGCCAUACCUGUUCUCCAUACAGGGACACGACUCUGUGUUUCAGCAGACUCCAGAAUGCCAGGUGGACGCUGCGUCCGGAGAAGCACUUUAA